CUGGAACCUUCAAACCCAUUCAUCCCCCAUCACCAACCCCCUUCAUCCCCUCCACCCCCGACCACACCGUCAAAGAUGGUCGCCUACUACAACAUUGCCGGCGCAAAAGUCGGCUCGCACUGGCUCUCGAUCGCUACCCUCAGCACCAUGUUCGUCGGUGCCUACCUGUCUACGGGCGGCAAGAAGGGCGAGGCGCAAAAGACGCCGGCCUUCAACGCCAAGGACCAAGAUGAGGAGAAAUUCAUACAAGAAUUCCUCAAGAGCGCCGAGCAAGAAGGACAGAAGGCGGGUGCUAAGCACUGAGCACGGAAAGAGGGGGCUGUCAUAACUACAUACCACGCAUUACAACAUGUAGAGGGGAGGGAUACAUUGAAUGCUAUGCCAUCCUUCGAACACACCUUUCAUUCCUGA